CUCUACUCUCCUGCAGGGAAAUGGUUGCAGAGUUAUUUUAAUUAUUCCAAAGUUCAAAGACGGUGACUGAUACUGCCAUGAUACAUUACUACUGAAAAAUCUGGUUUCCUGGAUUAAAGAUUUCUAGAAAGCUGCUCCUCACCUGUAGACAUAUUAUGUGGCCCAAUAUUAGUGCUGCCCCCUUUCUGCUGACUGGCUUCCCAGGCCUGGAAACAGCUCAUCACUGGAUCUCCAUCCCCUUCUUUGCAGUCUAUGUUUCUGUGCUUUUUGGCAAUGGCACUCUCCUCUACCUAAUCAAGAAUGACCACACUCUCCAUGAACCCAUGUACUAUUUCCUUGCCAUGCUGGCAGGAACAGAUCUGAUGGUAACAUUGACCACGAUGCCAACUGUAAUGGGUGUACUAUGGGUGAAUCAUCGGGAGAUGAGCCACGGAGCUUGUUUCCUGCAGGCCUACUGUAUUCACUCUCUUUCCAUUGUAGAAUCAGGUAUCUUGCUUGCCAUGGCCUAUGACCGUUUUAUUGCCAUUCGCAGUCCCUUGAAAUAUACUUCCAUUCUCACCAAUACUCGAGUUGUAAAGUUAGGGAUGGGAGCUUUUAUGAGGGGUUUUAUAUCCAUUGUGCCUGUAAUUGUGCGUCUUUUUUCAUUUCCAUAUUGUCACUCUCAUGUUCUCUCUCAUGCUUUCUGUCUUCACCAAGAAAUCAUGAAACUGGCCUGUGCUGACAUAACUUUCAAUAGACUGUACCCUGUCAUUCUGAUUUCUUUAACAAUCUUCUUAGACUCUUUGAUCAUCCUUUUCUCCUAUAUCCUAAUUCUUAAGACAGUCAUGGGCAUAGCCUCUGGUAAAGAGAGAGCCAAGGCCCUCAAUACCUGUAUCUCCCACAUCGGUUGUGUCCUCAUCUUCUAUGUCACUGUUAUCGGUCUGUCAUUUAUUCAUAGGUUUGGGGAAAAUGUGCCACAAGUGGUCCACAUUAUAAUGAGCUAUGUAUACUUUCUCUUUCCUCCUUUAAUGAAUCCUAUCAUUUACAGCAUCAAGACCAAGCAAAUUCAAUAUGGCAUUCGCCGCCUUUUAACUAAACAUACAAUUGAAAGUUAAACCCUGAUGUGGGUAACUGCUCAGGAAAGAAGGUGGGGAUCAGAGAUUUCUCUGAAUUGAGAGAAAAGAAAUUCACAAGGUCUCAAAACUUUCUGUAGCAGCCUCCACUUCUUCAAAUGAUACAAUGACAUCUAUUAGGCUCAUCAGGGGUCUGCUCUUGACUUCACAGAUUUGGCAUUUGUUAGGUUCAAGGAUUGAUUUGUUUGUCAUUAUCCUGUGUUCUUCUCUCUAAAUGUUUAGCAGAGAAAAUAAAUAUUUCUGAUACA